GCGGCUUCUCGAUGGGGUUUCAGCUCCAGCACACCUCUGUGGAUGGCUACACGGAACCACACGUCCAGCCCAUCAAGUCCAGCAGCAGACAAAACAUCCCCCGGUGCAGAAACUCCAUCACCUCUACCAAUGAGGAGCACCCUCACAUUGGAAAUUAUCGCUUACUGAAAACAAUAGGAAAAGGAAAUUUUGCCAAAGUGAAGCUGGCAAGGCAUGUGCUUACUGGAAGAGAGGUUGCUGUGAAAAUAAUAGAUAAAACCCAGCUAAAUCCUACUAGUCUGCAAAAGUUGUUUCGAGAAGUACGAAUAAUGAAGAUACUGAAUCAUCCCAAUAUUGUAAAAUUAUUUGAAGUUAUUGAAACUGAAAAGACGUUGUAUUUGGUAAUGGAAUAUGCCAGUGGGGGAGAAGUGUUUGACUACCUGGUUGCACAUGGAAGAAUGAAAGAGAAAGAGGCUCGUGCAAAAUUCAGGCAGAUUGUGUCUGCUGUGCAGUACUGUCAUCAGAAGUGCAUAGUUCAUCGUGAUCUUAAGGCAGAAAACCUUCUACUUGAUGCAGACAUGAACAUCAAAAUAGCGGACUUUGGUUUUAGUAAUGAAUUUACAGUCGGUAAUAAACUGGACACGUUUUGUGGAAGCCCGCCUUAUGCUGCUCCUGAACUAUUCCAAGGGAAGAAAUACGAUGGCCCUGAGGUGGAUGUGUGGAGCCUGGGGGUGAUUCUGUACACACUGGUGAGCGGGUCGUUGCCGUUUGAUGGUCAGAAUCUAAAGGAACUGCGGGAGAGAGUGCUGAGGGGGAAGUACCGCAUUCCGUUCUACAUGUCCACAGACUGUGAAAAUCUACUGAAGAAGCUACUAGUACUGAACCCAAUAAAACGAGGCAGCUUGGAACAAAUUAUGAAGGAUCGGUGGAUGAAUGUUGGCCAUGAAGAAGAAGAACUAAAGCCAUAUACUGAGCCUGAACCAGACUUUAAUGACACCAAGAGAAUAGACAUUAUGGUCACAAUGGGCUUUUCAAGAGAAGAAAUCCAUGAAUCUUUAGUAAACCAAAAGUAUGAUGAAGUCAUGGCAACUUAUCUGCUUCUUGGUAGAAAACCACCUGAGUUUGAAGGAGGCGAGUCCUUGUCCGGCAGCAACUUGGGCCAGAGGUCCCGUCCGAGCAGCGACCUCAACAACAGCUCCGUGCAGUCCCCCGCGCACCUGAAGGUCCAGCGGAGCGUCUCCACCAACCAGAAGCAGCGGCGGUUCAGCGAUCAUGUUGGUCCCUCCAUUCCUCCUGCUGUGUCGUACACGAAGAGGGCCCAGGCGAACAGCGUGGAGAGCGAACAGAAGGACGACUGGGACAAGGACGUCUCACGCAAACUUGGCAGCACCACGGUGGGGUCCCGAGGAGAGAUGGCUGCCAGUCCCCUCGUGGGUCCUGAGAGAAAGAAAUCAACUACAGUUGCCAGUAAUAAUGUAUUUUCUGGUAGUGGAAUGACCAGGAGGAACACAUACGUUUGUGAACGCUCUUCGGAUCGCUAUUCUGCAAUUCAGAAUGGGAAGGACAACAGCCUGACGGAGAUGUCUGCCAGCAGCACCUCCUCUGCGGGCUCCGCGGCCACUCCCGCCAUCUCCACGCGGCCGCGCCACCAGAAGUCCAUGUCUGCCUCCGGCCACCCCAUCAAAGUGACGCUGCCGACCAUCAAGGAUGGCACUGAAGGUUACCGGCCCAGCAGCGCCUCUCAGAGGGUGCCCGCUGCCUCCCCGUCCGCUCACAGCAUCAGCACGAGCACCCCCGACCGGACCCGCUUCCCCCGGGGCAGCUCCAGCCGCAGCACCUUCCACGGGGAGCAGCUGCGGGAGCGGCGCAACGCCACCUACAACGGGCCCCCCGCCUCCCCCUCCCACGACACCGGGGCCUUCGCUCACACCCGGAGAGGGACCUCCACCGGCAUCAUAAGCAAGAUCACUUCCAAGUUUGUUCGCAGGGAUCCAAGUGAAGGCGAAGCCAGUGGCAGAACUGACACCUCAAGGAGCGCUUCUGGGGAGCCCAAGGACCGAGAGAAGGAGGAUGGCAAGGAUUCGAAGCCACGCUCCUUGCGGUUCACGUGGAGUAUGAAGACCACUAGUUCUAUGGACCCGAAUGAUAUGAUGAGAGAGAUUCGGAAGGUGUUAGAUGCGAAUAACUGUGAUUAUGAACAAAAGGAGAGGUUUUUGCUCUUCUGCGUUCACGGCGAUGCGCGACAGGACAGCCUCGUCCAGUGGGAGAUGGAGGUCUGCAAACUGCCGCGGUUGUCGCUCAACGGGGUUCGCUUCAAGAGAAUAUCCGGGACUUCUAUCGCCUUUAAGAACAUUGCAUCCAAGAUAGCGAACGAGCUGAAGCUGUAAAGAGAACCUUCGUCUUCUGGGAUCAGGGAAGAUUCAAACACGAUCUACACGUUGAAUGUACUGGUUACGCCUCGUGAUUGGCCUGUGAAACUCCCCAUGUAGAAACAGCCCUUAUUGCAAUAAGGUUAUACAUAGUUAUUCAGAAUUGUAAAGUUAAAUCCAGUAUGACCUAUAUUAAAUAACUGUAGCUAAAGAAGUUAUGUUCACAUGUACAGGUAAGUAUAUAGAGCAUUCUGUUCAUUUUAUGUUCAUAGAGUUGUAUAAUAAAGAGAUGACUGCUUAAAUUCAGAUCUUGUAUAGUUGUCUAGAUUUCUGCACAGAAAUGUAUGUUUGAUGCUUUGAGUUGGAAAAGUUCUUCCCUAUCAUUUACAUUUUUGGUGUUUUUUAUAAGUCUUACCUCUAUCAUGCGUUUUUUAAAAAACUUGUGUCCUGAGUCAAAUGCACAAAACUAGUUCUCACGACUGUAGCAUGACCAUUUUAAUUAUUUAAAAAUUGUUCAUGAUUUGAACGAGAAGUCGAUGAAUAAUCGGCUUUUCUUCUACUCGAGACUGUUCCUGCUUAUCUUUGGCUCUUAUCCUUGUUAUUGGACAGUGUUUAGUUGAGAGAAGAAGAAAAACAAA